AUGAAAUCAUUUCUUGUCUUAUGUGUUCUUAUUAUGAAUGGAUAUUGUUUCCCUAUGCUGGAUAUUCAAUUGGAUAAUUCAUGGUCCUUAUUUAAAAGUGUUUUCAAAAAACAAUAUCUAUCCAAUGAAGAAGAAACAACUCGCCGUCAAAUUUGGGAAGAAAAUGUUGCACUCAUUCGCAAACAUAAUCUUGAAUCUGAUUUAGGAAUUCAUUCAUAUACACUUGAAAUGAAUCAGUUUGGUGAUAUGACAAAUGAAGAGUUUCGAAACCAAAUGAAUGGCUUUAAAAUGAAUUUAAAAGGUACAAUAAAUCACGCUGAUCAUCAUAUAUUUUCAGCACCAUCGAAUGUUGCUCUACCUGAUAGUGUUGAUUGGCGCACAAAAGGUUAUGUAACAAAUAUAAAAGAUCAAGGUCAAUGUGGUUCAUGCUGGGCUUUUUCAACAACUGGUUCACUUGAAGGACAACAUUUUGCUAAAACAUCGAAACUUGUUUCACUUUCGGAACAGAAUCUAGUUGAUUGUUCAUUGAAUUUGGGAUGUCAUGGUGGUGUUAUGGAUAUUGCUUUUCUCUAUAUAAAAUCCAAUGGUGGUAUUGAUACUGAAUGGACUUAUCCUUACGAAGCUCAACGUGAUAAAUGUCGUUUUGAUCCAACGAAUAUCGGUGCCACUGAUACGGGUUUUGUUGAAAUUAAAAUGGGGAAUGAGACAGAUCUUCAAGCUGCCAUUGCUACCAUUGGUCCAAUAUCAGUAGCUAUUGAUGCUUCAAAGAGUUCAUUUCAAUUUUAUUCAUCUGGCGUUUAUGACGAGCCUCAUUGUUCAACAUAUAUACUCGAUCAUGGUGUUUUAGCUGUUGGAUAUGGUACCGUAAAUUUACAAGAUUAUUAUAUUGUUAAAAAUUCAUGGGGCACCAAUUGGGGUAACCAAGGAUAUAUUUGGAUGAGUCGAAAUAAUCAUAAUCAAUGUGGGAUCGCAACAGUAGCAAGCUAUCCACUUGUUUAA